CACCACUCGCUCCUCGCGGGCGGCAAGCGGGUGCGCCCCAUGCUGGCGCUCGCCAUGUGCGAGCUGGUGGGCGACGACGAGGUCGCCACCGAGCCCGUCGCCUGCGCCGUCGAGAUGGUCCACGCCAUGUCGCUCGUCCACGACGACCUCCCCUGCAUGGACGACGAUGACCUCCGGCGCGGCUGCCCCACCAACCACGUCGCUGUUGGCGUCAGCACCGCGCUGCUCGCCGGGGACGCGCUCCUGGCGCUCGCGUUCGAGCACCUUGCCUGGAGCUCAAAACACAUAUCAUCUAGGCUAGUGCGAGCGGCCGUGGCGGAGCUCGCGGGCGGGCUCGCGGCGGGGCAGGUCGUGGACCUCGGCAGCGAGGGCGCCGAUGUCGGCCUCGCCACGCUGGAGUACAUCCACGUGCACGAGACGACGCGGCUCCUGGAGGCCGCGGCGGUGGGCGGCGCCAUCGUCGCCGGAGGAGACGACGAGGAGGUUGAGGGCGUCCGCCGCCUCCCCGCACCGUCCGCCGUGGCCCCGCCCCUGGCCUGCACCCCGCACCCCGCCAUGGCUGCCCGCCCUGCUGCGCCCGUGGGUGGGGAGAAGGAGAAGGGAAGAGAGAAGCACGUGGGUAGGCCCCGGAGGAAAAGUGAGGAGAGAGGGAGUGGGAGGCUGACGGCGGGCCCAAUUAGUCCUGGCCAUGGGCAGCCCGGCCCGAACGGCCCGACGCCGCUCCCGGGCCGGGCUCGGGCCUAG